UCCCAAUCCUCAUCCCACCACCCGCUCCCGCCUCAACUCCACGAAAGAUGAUUCUGCCUUCCUAUAGUCUUUUGUUGUUCUGCAUCGGAGCCUUUUUCUCCUCAAUCCAAGUCUUUGCGGUAGCAGAUCAGUCAUUUCCCGCCGCCCUGAACACUACAACCUCCCUCCUCAGCAAUGUGAACGACUCAUCGCUGUCCGUGUCUGCGGACUUUGACACCUAUCCCAAGGUAUUCACGCGAAUGCAUUCGCUCCGCAAUCGCUACGUUAUCGUCUUUGCCGACGACGCAGAUCUGAAGAGCAUCGCCUCUCAUUUCUCGUGGCUGGAGUCGCAGACCUCCUUCAGCGGACACCAGUUUCGCCAGCGGGUGUUUAAGAAGUUCACCGGGAGUCUGAUUAAGGGAUACUCGGGCACUUUUCUGCGCAGGUUUGUGUUUGAGAUUGCAAAGAGGCCUGAGAUUGCGUAUGUGGAGAACGAGGUUGUGUUCAGGCCGGUUGAGGUACAAUAUAAUGCGCCGUAUAACCUCGCUAGGUUGGCGCAUCGAGAGACGUUGACGAAUGAGACGAGUAGCGUUUAUGGCUAUGACGCUGAUCCCGGUCUUGGUGUUACUGUCUAUACUCUGGAUACUGGUAUUAUUGUAGAACACGAGGAAUUCGUGGGCCGAGCAACGAUGGUCAACCUCGUUCGCGUGUCGUUCGACACCGACAUCGUCGGACACGGCACUCAUGUGGCCGGCACGGCUGCUGGUACUACCUACGGCGUUGCUAAGAACUCAUCGAUCGUUGCCGUGAAGGUUCUCAACGAUCGUGGCUCGGGAUCAACAUCGGAUAUUCUCAGCGGUCUUGAGUACGUCGCUGACCAGCACACCAGCAACGGAGGACCCAGCGUUAUCAACAUGAGUCUUGGAGGAUCAUUCAGCACUGCACUCAAUCAGGCGGUCCGAAAUGCUGUUAACCAAGGCAUCCACGUCGUCGUCGCAGCAGGCAACAGCGGCACCGACGCAUGCUCUUCAUCUCCAGCAAGCGAGCCGUCAGUAUUAACCGUCGGCGCGAGCGACAGCAACGACAACGUCGCAUCGUUCAGCAACAUCGGUAGCUGCGUCGACGUCUUUGCGCCGGGGGUUAACGUUCUCUCAGCAUGGAACUCGGACGACGACGCGUCGCGACAGUUGUCGGGAACGUCGAUGGCGUCGCCUUUGGUUGCGGGGUUGACUGCGUAUCUUUCAGCGAAGGAUCCGAGCGCGUCUGUAUCAGACAUUCAACAGCAGAUUAAGGAUUUGGCGACAACAGGAAUGCUGAAAGGAAUCCCGACGAACCCGGCAGGAACGCCAGACAGUAUCGCGUUCAAUGGAUACACCUUCUCGUCUGAGUCUUCCGAUGACCUAUCUUAGUCUGAAUCUGGAUUGAUACCCUUUCUGUCCUCUGCCUGACCUAAGAUUAUUCCAUUUUUUCAAAAAUUCCUAUUGUUAUCCUGCUGUACUCUGUUAUUUCCAUCCACAGGGAUACCCUUUGUAUUCCAAUAUCAUCGUUCAUUGCACCUGCAGUCUCUCAUUUUUAUUACCAUGGCUCUAGCCGUCCCAAGACGGCAAAAGUUAUCUUCAUCAUUCUUUUAUCGAUUAGCAUUAUCUCUAUUUGAUGCUAGCGAAAAUAUCAACCACUGAACUAAUAAGCAAA